AUGUCGCACUUUUAUAGGACAAUUGACGAUGGAAUAAAAUUAGCGUCAUUGAUGACAGUGCCUGCCAACGACGUCGCUUCGUUGAACAAAAUGACAACCAUCGAACUCGACCGUCUGGUGAUAACUGAACCUCAAUCCCUGGCAAAUGGCUCGCUAGGCCACCUACUCCCUCUGAUUUUCAAGCCAUUCACAGCCAAUGUCCCUCAGGCACACACUCUCCAAAUCCCACUCAGUAAAAUCCUUCAUCGCAACGCACGGAUCAACACCCUCUUCAGUCAACACUCCCCGGAUGAUAUCAUACCAUUGUACGAUAGCGAAGCUAGACUUUGGAAUUGGGCCCUUCCAACAACACCACCUCCGUCAUCCACCAAUUCAAACGAUGCUCUUCCACAAACAGGUGCCGAGAGAUUCACACACGAAGAGAUAUUCUCCUCAUUCUUCAACGCUCUUGGUACGGCUAUGGCCAAAAAGCUGGACACACCAAGAUCCGCAACCCGCACAUGGAGCGCAAGCAAUUCUACUGUUGCAGUGUCUGGCAGCGAUAUCAAGCGCAAGCCUGAUCUUGUGCUAUCCGAUGAUAUCAAGCCCAAGUGGGGCAAUAUUCGUGUAUGCGCUGAGCUGACAUACAGUCAGUAUAAGCCUGCACAGCGGAUUACGAAGGCCGCAGAUACCCAGGCGUAUUUACUUCUGAGCAACCAGCCCUGGAGGCGUUUUGCAUUCAUACUCUCCUUCACAAACCAAUAUCGCGAACUGCGCGUCCUGUUGUACGACCACGCUGGUGGGGUUGUAACCCCCUGCAUCCAGAUCCAUCAGAAUCCAGACUCAUUCACCCAUAUCAUCGCUGCUGUUCUCUUUGGCAGCCCUGAAUGUAUCGGGUACGAUUCCACGGUUACCUUCUGGAAAAGUAUUUCACUUCCCCCACCCCCGGGUACAAAGAUACCCGAUCAUCGCCCAUUCAAAAACCUUCCUACCCGUACUAAUCGGAGUAUUACCAUCCCCGCCGAACAUGUUAGCGAGCCUUUCACUGCGUUGCACAAGAAUCCCCAGGAACUGCCCGCUAAUCAUGAGGCCGAGUUCGAGUCGAUCUCCCCCGUUGACGAUCCUCUCGAGUCAGAAUUUAAUGACGAUCUCGAGUUUUUCAACGACCCGAUAGAAGAGCUCACUACCCUCCCUCCUUCCCCUCCCCCUCCCCCUCCCCCUCCCUCGCAUACUCUGCUCCAACCCCUUGUGGUCACUAGCGCUCCCUUGUUGAACCUCAUAUCUCAGGCUCCUCAGCAGGGGGCUGACCCGGAUGCCACCUUCAGCUCUAACCCCCACCCCUCCCAUUUCCCACACACUCAUCAAUCGCCCGCACAACCCUGCGGCCAGAUCCGUGUUAAAGAUAAAGUUUACACUAUCCUCAAAAUUCUCUUUACCACAAAGGGCCUCAUUGGUCGCGGAACUGUCUGUUAUUUGGUUAGUCUGGAUGGAGAAGAAUACAUUGUCAAAGAUCACUGGGUCCAGGGUGGCGAGGCGAAAGUCUUGAACGAAAUCAACAUGCUAAAGGCGAUGAGCGGUAUACAUGGUGUUCCAGAGCUGUUCGAUUACUGGCUGGUCGAAAGGUCAGAUAAUAUUGUCGACCAGACACGGGAUUAUCGUCACGCGGAAAAACCAAGUAUUCGAGGCACUCAUCGUACGCACGUUCGCCUCGUCAUGAGGCCCUGCGCUCGCCCCCUUCAUGCAUUUCGAACACUGAAGGAGUUCGUGAGAGCGAUUAGAGAUAUUACUAUCAUCCAACGCAAAGCAGCAGAACGCGGUAUUUUGCAUCGUGAUUGUAGUCUUUACAAUGCAAUGAUCAUGGGGGAGCCUAAUGACAGUAACGGGCUGUUGAUUGAUUGGGAAUUUGCGGUAUUCAUCACUUCGAAUGAUCAAUAUUCUAUUGGUGGUACGGGCACGAUCCCUUUUAUGUCACGUGCGCUUCUCGCCCAAAUGGCAGAAUUGCAGGCCAAGGCCGCACAGCAAGAAGCUCGCAAAUCCUCAUCCAAAACUUUGGCGCUGCCCCCAUCUCGCGUCACUCAAAGCUUUGCGGAUGACCUCGAGUCUCUUUUCUAUGUCUUCGUCUAUGUUUGCAUCAAGUACAGCGGCCCUAACGACCAGGAGCGCCAGGAGCCUGUACCAGACUCUUUGCCAGAUAGCUGGUCGAGUCUCGACCUCGAUGUAUGCAAAUUGAGGAAGGUCUUCUUCUUCGCAGUCUCAACGGAGGAGGCCCGUCUCGAAAAACAGUUCCACCCAUACUUCGAAAAACUUAUCCCCCUUGCGAAAGAGUGGUGUUCAAUCUUGAAGGACAAUAUGGAGAUACGGAUCACGUUUGAGCGUGUUGUUGAGCUUUUGGAACGUCAUCUUGCCACCCUUCAGGAUGAUGAGGAGCGCUCCUCCACCACCGAGAAACUCAGGAGAUCUGCUGAAGAACUCACUCGCCGUUUGAACAAACGGGCUGCAGAAGCGGGCGAGUCUACUAGCGGUUCUUCAAGUUCAAGUUCACCACAAUCGGCCAAGCGGAAGAAGCACGAGGAACGUGACCCAGCGAGUGACUCAGAUACAGGCUCGGUGGCUCAUGCGACGGUGGAAUCAGAAGACUCGGAUUGGAUCUAUGAGUUUUGA